UUGCUAACCCUUACAGAGAGAGAGCGACGCAACGUGAGCUCUCCAUUAAUAAUAAACAGCAAACGCAAACAAACUAACAACAACAGCUUCUACUAUUAACACUUGCACGGGAAAACCUGCAAAGCUCCGCAAACGAAAAUCAGUCGUGAGCCAGCCUUCAGUCGGCACAGCAGUUAGCUUUUGGUCGUGCUACAAAAUUUGUCACUUUUUUCGGUCUCGACGAGUUUGAACCGGUUUACAUUUGGCAACGAACCCCGCCCGCAUCUAAUUAAUAGUUAAAAUCUACAAUUAAACAAAAAAAUAUACAAAAUAGAAGAAGAAGCAAUAUCAAAUGCCGUACAUUAUCAUACGAGGUAAUUUAGCCUCGUACAGUCACAAAUAUCCAUGGCGUGUGCUCGUCUCUGGCUUGAAAGCUGACGACAUCGAGCAGUUGAACAAGUUUUCAUGUGGCGGCUACAGCGAUGAGUCCACAAUUGUCUAUUUAGUGCAUCCUUGUCGCAUUCUGUCAGCCUUAGAGAUUUUGGGUUUUCGCGUUGUGGCCAGUUCAUCGACGGCCGUUAAGCAGGACUACAACGAGUAUAUGUGGACGAUGCGCAAGGAUUUCGACGAACCAGAACCAGAAUCCGAGUCCGUAUCCGUUGUCCGUGAGAAUCUAUCGAAUAUUGGUCGUGAGGCGGCCAGUUUAGCCAACUAUCACAAAGUUGAUUCGCCCGAGUAAAUGUUUAACGCAUCAACUCCCUU